AUGCGCUUCUCUAUCAGAUUACUUGCUACCUUUACAGCAUGGACUGUCACUGUCACAUGUGCAGCGACGCCUGUGGUUUCUAGUGAUGCUGCUGGUACCUGCUCAGAAGGUCUUAGCCAGCUUGGCAAGAAGUUGUCCAAGUCAGCUAAGAUCUACUGCCCUGGAUCUGCGGAGUUCGAGAAAGCUACCACUCGCUGGUCUGUUCUCGAAGCCCCAAAGGUCAAUAUUGUUGUCGUCCCUGGAACUGAGGAGGAUGUUGCCAAAACGGUCAAAUACGCUAACUCGAAGGAUCUUCCUUUUCUUGCCUAUAACACUGCCCAUGGGGCGAUCACUACCUUGGGAAGAAUGGAUCAUGGCAUUGAGAUCUACCUAAAUCAACUGAACAAGGUCGAGGUCGCCGCUGAUGGCAAGACCGCAACCAUUGGAGGCGGCACUCAAUCCAAGAAGGUCACUGAUACCCUCUGGGCCGCCAAUAAGCAGACUGUGACCGGAACUUGCGAGUGUGUUAGCUACAUGGGCCCCGGUCUUGGCGGUGGCCACGGCUGGCUUCAAGGCCAUCAUGGCAUCAUUGCUGAUCAGUGGGUUUCUCUCAACAUUGUCAUGGCUGACGGCUCUUUCAAGACCAUUGAUAACAAGUCCGAUCUUUGGUGGGCCCUCAAGGGUGCUGGACACAACUUUGGUAUCGUGACCUCCAUCACUUCUAAAGUCUAUGAGAUACAGCACCGUGAUUGGGCUAUCGAGACUCUUGUUUUCAGCGGAGAGCACGUCGAGAAGCUUUAUCAGACUGCCAACGAGUAUCUUCUACGUAAGCAGCCUGAAGGCCUUAUCAAUUGGAGUUAUUGGGUCCACAACCCUGAUGCCGAUCCUGAAAACCCUAUUAUUCUUUUCUGGCUCAUCCAAGAAGGUGUCAAGACUAUCGACCCUAAGAUCUCUAAGCCCUUCCACGACCUCAAGCCUAUUGCCAUCACCCCCGAGUCAGGAGAUUACCGCGACCUUGCCAGGUGGACCCAAAUCGAUAUUGAUGCUGCGCCUUGUCAAAAGAGCGGUCUUGUGAACCCUCGCUUCCCUCUCUAUCUUCAAGAGUAUAAUGUCACUGCCAUGAAGAGUGCUUGGGAUCUCUUCUCUGCAGAGACUGGCCCUCAAACCCCCUUCAGCACGUCUAUCUUCAUGUUCGAGGGCUACUCGACCCAGGCUGUGAGAGGCAUCAACGACCGAAGUGCGGCAUUUGCUUUCCGCCACCAGGACAUCCUUACUGCGCCGCUCAUAACUUAUCAGCCCGGAGAUACCAAGCUUGACCAGAAGGCCGCAGAUAUUGGCAUUGAGCUGCGUCAAAUCCUCCAUCAGGCUUCUGGUCAGUCUGAGAUGAGUGUCUACGUCAACUAUGCAUACGGUGAUGAGAAGCCCAUCAGCUGGUAUGGAGAUGAGGACUGGAGACAAGACCGUCUGAAGAGUUUGAAGAACAAAUAUGACCCGAAGGGCAAGUUCUGCUUCUUCGGCCCUGUUGCGUAA